GUGUCCUCUCCGUUGAUUGGCCGUCGCUAAGUGCUCAUUAUGCGGCUCAUUGUUCCUUUGUCAGGUCAGGGGUAUAAAAGUCCCCCCAUCAGAGCCUGGACCAGGACUGCUAGCCCCUGAUCUGAAACCGCCGCUGUCAUUUAAUACUGCCCUCAGGGGGGUGUAGAUUUAGGACAAGUGCCCCUGACCAGAGAGAGGACAACUUUACUCACGGACCAGAGCAGUUUGCAUUCAAUUGAGCUCCUCUGUAGUCACACUUGGUUUAUAGCCCUGAAACGGCAGAAACGGACACGGAGAGUGAGAGAGACUGAGAUUAAUAGAUUUGUUUAUUUUAACAUUUUUUUUUUGCGUACGUUUUUAAAAAUUUUUUAUCUCAAUUGUUGGACAUGGACUCGGAAGCCGGCUCCUCCUCCAGCCGCUCCUCCUCGCCUGACCUGGCGACGGACGGACAGGGGCGCUUGGGGGUCUACUUCUCCAGCCAGGGCUUCCAGGGGGAGCAGAAGCUCCCUGGCGGGGGGACGGAGGCGAGGUGUGGAGGCAAGGCCAAGGCCGGCGCGGGGCUGGCCGGGGAGGACGGGCAGGACCUGCGCCUGAAGGUGAACAGCCGGGAGAGGAAGAGGAUGCACGACCUGAACCAGGCCAUGGACGGGCUGCGGGAGGUGAUGCCCUACGCGCAGGGCCCCGCCGUCCGCAAGCUCUCCAAGAUCUCCACCCUGCUGCUGGCCCGCAACUACAUCCUCAUGCUCUCCAGCUCGCUGGACGAGAUGAAGAGGCUGGUUGGGGAGGUGUACGGCGGGAACGCGACCCGCCACGCCGCCCCGGUUUCCGCGGCGACCGCGGCCGCCGCCCAGCAGCUCUCCCUGCACCCCCUGGCCCAGUCCCUGCACUCGCUGGUGGGAGCUCCGCCCCUGCCGGCCCCCGCCGCCCCCCCUGCCCCUCCCUCGGCUCCCCAGUCGCCCCCCUCCGCGGGCUACCUGCCCUUUCGCUCCCCGCUCCAGGACCUCCUGAAGGAGCCCUUCCACCUCUCCGCCUCCUACCGGCACUACCACGGCCUGCCCUGCCCCUGCGCCCUGUGCCAGCCUCUCCCCGCUUCCCUGCCCCGCCUGCACAGCCUCGCCAUGGGCAAGUGAGCAGGCGAGCCCCAGGACUGCACUCUGGGCCGCAGGCCGCACCACGGUUCUCUGAAAUCGCAGCAAAGCUGCUGCAGCCUCUGGGACCUAUCAGAGGGGACUAUUCCUUCUUAUCAGAAGGAAGGGAAGAAAGAAGUAAGAAACCACCUUGAAAGUUUCUGACUAAGUGUGUAAAUAUAAUGUACAGAUAGUGAUUUCUUCAGCACGCCGUUGGCAUUUUGUAAUUUUCUUUUUUUGGUCAGUAUAUACUUGUUUACAUCGGCAACUUUUCUAGAAAGUGCACAGAACCAUCAGAUAAACAUUCAGUUCUGUUUUCUAAUUUAUGUUGUGCUGAACAGUUGUUAUAUCCCUGGCCUGAAACAGUGAAGAUAGCUGCUAUCAAUUUGUCUUUUUGGCUAUACAGCUACCACAACAAGGACAAAAAUGGUAUAAAGAAUUUAAAUGCCUGUGUUUAUUUGUAUAUACAGUAUUUGUUAUCUAAAAUAAAAGAUAUAUUGUUUUAUUUUUUUUUAAA